AUGUUGACGAAACCAGGGAUUUUUCAGCGAGACAUCACACUGGGAAAGGGCACGUGCGAUAUAUUGGACGAGGUGACUUCGGACGCUCACCCCGGUAACCCUAUUACUAAAUCCAUAACUAUGCAAGGCAAGAAGCAGUUUCAAGCGACUGUGACCUUUAAGAAGCAGGACGUCGAGAGGAUAGACUUGGAGCUGGAAUUACAUGCUGGCGAGUUCGAAGAAAGGCCAAUGUCGCUCCAUCUUGGUCACUUGUUUAAUUCAAUUUUCAAUGACCCGUCUGUUGCAGACAGUGACGCACACUGUUUCACCGCAAAGCAUGUACUGACUCUUGGAUCAGGAACGCCAUUGUUUUCUUGUCGAGUGGUACAAUGCGCCGAGCUUAUGAUGUCCACCAUUCAGCUCCACUAUAAAGACGACAUGGUGGUUCUUGCUCAUUUGGUGGGACAUGAUCAGUUACCUAGGAAACGGCAGGUGAAGUCAGUGGAUAAUUGCCCAAUUUUGGAACCACCAACGGCAGAAAGGCGAGAGAUUGCUUUUGUCAUCAAGAACAAAUAUGGAGACUGGGCUGUUUGUGUUGGAGUCAUAGAAGAGAGUGCCCAGAAGACCAAAGAUUCAUCUGUUUCAAUAAAGGUUUACAAAACCAAGUCAAGGACAAUGAACACUGUAACACUUCCGAGAAUGCUUGAUCGCGAAUCAGAAGUUGUUGUGGAUGGUGUAAAAAUUGAUGUUCUGUCUGGAGCAUUUCAUGUAAGUGGAAGCCUGGAUGAACUGGCUGAAAAAAUAGUGUUAGUUUUUGUUGUCUUCCAGCUGCAUUUCAUGGCAGUGAAAGAUGACAGUGCAUUGGGAGACAAUCAGAGGGGUAAAUAUGUUGUUUCAAAGAACCCCUAUUCUUUAGCCAUUGGUGCCAUGGUUGAAAUGCCAUGUCAGCAUUACCUAACCGACUACUUCACUGAAACUAUAUUUAACUCCCAAAAUGAGCCAGAUGAUAUUCCAGGAGAUGCUACAGCUGUUUCAAACAGCAGGCAGUCAAGAGCUGCACGAAUGGCAACAUUUAUGCGUUCAGAUACUGUGGAAUCUGAAGGGGAUUGUUUAGAAAGUUUUUUCCUCCACAUUGGGGAGGACGAGCCGCCUUCAUACUCAACUUUAAUGGGAAGCACCCAGGCAGCGGCAACUCCGGAUGACUCUCCGCGCUAUAGUACUGUUACACAGAGUACACCGGGUUCUUACCAUGGCAGCCAGACAUUUUACAUAGGUGACGCCCCUGAGCCUAACCCUGACGACGAAGAUAGUCACCUCCCAACUUAUGAAUCUCUGGGUGAGGGUUUGGUUGACAGUAGUGCCCCACCCACUUACUCGGCUGUCUUGGACUGGGUGUGUGCUCUACCUAAUCCAGGAACAGCUGGCGUUCUCACAGAAGAGGACAGUUCGUCUAACGGGAAUGGGUCAAUAAAUGAAACACGUUAAGAUUUUUUUAGAACUUUUAACUUUUGAAUUUGCACGUAAUCUGUAUGUGUAUUUCCAGCAGGAAAAACUGAUGUAUCUGUGUUUCGGAAGAAGUAAGUAGGCAUGCCAAAGUGCUGUGUGUCACUGGUGCAUUGAAUAAACCAGUGAAACGGUUUGACCAAAGAUUAGGCUCUAUGAAAAAGGUGUUUCUUCAGUAGAAUUCAAAUUUGCCAUAAACACUCCAUAUUUUCAUUUUCGGCAAAUAUCUCCUGAACAUAUUUGUCUCAAGGCUGGUAAGAUUAUUAAUUUGAACACCUUUAAUCUAUUAAAGAAAGAUGACAUGGCACUUCUCUUUAAAGGUAUAGAAAAUUGUUUAACAUGUUAAUGAUUGUUUGGUACUAAAGUGUGAAUGUAAGAGGUACUACGGGUGAUGCCUUGCACACGCAAAAAAAAAAGAUACAUAACCAUGGUAAUAAUUUUUUUCAGGCAACUGAAUUAUCUCCCCUUUUGGCUGUGUUUUGUUGUGCUUUUAACAAAUUCUUUAUGUAUACAAUCAUAUAUUGUUCUUGUGAUCUCAAAAUAGAUACUAUUGUUUAUGAAAUUGAGUUUCAUUAUUGUAUUAACAUUUUAACAUUUUGUUUUACUUGAUUUGAUUCACUUUUGUAUGGAAGACGGAUGCAGCCACUUGUGUUCUUGAACUGUGUCUUUUACUUCCCCGUGCGUCAAGAUGAACAAAAACCUCACAAUUUUUUCGGACAGAAUCAUACAGUUUUUGCUAAUUUACCAGUGGUUUUUAUCAGGAAAUUCAAGUUGAGAACUCCAAAAUGUGAGUGAAACCACACAACAUUAUUGCU